AUGGUUUACGACCCAAAUACAUUUUCCAAUAUCAAUGAAGUUCAAACUGUUCACCUUAACUUGAAUUUUAGCGUUAAUUUUGAACUUAAGAAUAUAGAUGCAACUGUCACUCUAAAACUUAUUACCCUUGUUGAUAAUGUCAACAAAGUAAUUCUUGACACCAGCCACCUUAAUGUCAAGUCUGUUUCGCUUUCGGGUGUACAGUUGAAGUACAAUCUCGCACCCAGGGACGAAAAAUUCGGUUCUGCCUUGCACAUUGAGUUGGAUAAAAUUUUACCUGCAAACACCGAAUUUAGCUUGGAUAUUGCCUAUACUACUUUAGAACGAGGGACAGCUGUUCAAUGGUUGGGACCGCGCCAAACCGUAGGCAAAAAGUAUCCAUACUUAUUUACUCAAUGCCAAGCUAUUCAUGCUCGAUCACUCUUGCCGUGCCAAGACACACCUGCGUUUAAAUUAUCAUAUUCUGCGGAAGUUGAGGUCCCUCAACCUCUGCGCGCUUUGAUGAGCGCAAUUAGAAUUGGCGAAGAGGAAAACGCUGAAAAAGCAACAAAGACAUACAAAUUUGAGCAAACCACCAAAAUUCCAUCGUAUUUAAUUGCUUUAGCAGUUGGGAAUCUGGUCGGAAAGGAAAUUGGACCACGUUCUACAGUAUGGACAGAACCCGAAGUGGUGGACGAAGCAGCAUGGGAAUUCGCUGAUACAGAAAAAUUUAUUACCACCGGGGAAAAGCUGCUCACACCAUAUGAAUGGAAACAAUACGACAUCCUGGUUCUGCCAUCAUCUUUUCCAUAUGGAGGAAUGGAGAAUCCCUGCUUAACCUUCGUGACGCCCACAUUGCUGGCCGGAGAUAGAUCGCUUGUGGAUGUCGUUGCACACGAAAUCUCUCAUAGUUGGAUGGGAAACCUCGUUACAACCGCAAAUUGGGAACAUUUUUGGUUAAACGAAGGAUGGACCGUCUUUGUUGAAAGGAAAAUCAUGGGUCGUCUCCAUGGAGAAAAAGAAUUAGAAUUCGACGCGAUCAUUGGAUGGCAAUCUCUGGAACAUGACAUUAAACUUUUUGGUGAAACAAACGUUUUAACUGCCUUGGUUCCUAACUUACAGGGCGUAGAUCCCGACGACAGCUUUUCCUCAGUUCCGUAUGAGAAGGGUUUCAACUUCCUUUAUCACAUUCAAAAAGUGAUCGGAGGUCCCGAGUUCUUUGAACCUUACAUGAAGGCGCAUGUUCAAGAAUUUGCGGGUAAAUCAAUCACCACAGAUGAUUGGAAAAAUUUUUUGUACUCGUUUGUGGAAAAGAAUUUUGGCGCAGAAAGAAAGGCGUUAUUGGAUACCAUUCAGUGGGAAAGUUGGCUGCAUUCUCCUGGAAUGCCCCCGGUUAAAAAUGAAUUUGACCAGACGCUUGCUACGGCUUGUGAGGAUUUAGCACGAAGGUGGCAUUUAGCUCGAGAUAAUGAAAAAUUUGACGAGUUCUCACCAGUAGAUAUUGAAAACUUUACCCCUGGACAAAAGAGUGAGAUCCCUUUUCUUUCGCAUGUUCUUCUUCAUAUCAUAUUUCUAGAGCGACUCUUAGAAUAUCCAGCAUUUCCUUGUUCAACAAUUGAGGCGAUAAACCAGCUCUACAAAUUCACUACUGUUCGAAACGCGGAAAUUAGAUUUAGAUGGCAGGAAGUAUGUUUAAGUUCAGAUUAUGAGCCUAUUUAUCCAAACGUUGUUGCGUUUUUGACCGAACAGGCCAAGAAUGGUUCAGAGUUGGCAAAGAAGACCUUUAUUGAGAACAAAACAUUUUACCAUCCAAUUGCCGCCGCUAUGAUCGAAAAAGAUCUUGGGCUGGUGCAAUUAAAAAAAUGA